GGGCCUAAAGAAAUUUCAAACAGUUGCGGCCGUGAGGCGCUAGUGAACGCAUCUUGAAAUCGAAAAUAUAUAUAUAUAUAUAGAGAAAAUAGUUUUUGAAUCGGGAAAAUGAAGGCUGCUGCGUUGAUCCUGGUUUUCCUGGCUGUAAGCCAAGGUAGAGUGCUGAAUUUGCCCAAGGAGGCGGUUGAUAUUCCUGUGACCAUUGUCGAGGAUAAGCAGCCACCAGUGGCCCUGUCUUUGGUUAAGGAGGAGCCCAAGCUGGAGGAGAUCAAACCUAUUGUCCAGGAAGAGAAAGCCAAGGAGCUGAAGGAGGAACUUAAGCCAGAAAUUAAGGAGGAGAUUCUGCCUGAAGUUCCAAAAGAGAUUAAGCCAGAAAUCAAGGAAGAAAUUAAGCCAGAAAUUAAAGAAGACUUAAAGCUGAAAGAGCAGCGGCUUAAGGAACAGAUUGAAGAACAGAUUAAGAAGCAGAUCAACCAGAAGCUCAAGGAGAAGCCCUCGGAGCUCAAGGAGAAAUCUCUGGAAGCCAAAGAGCAACCUCAGGAAAUCAAAGAAGAAAUCAAACAGGAAACUCCAGAGAUCAAAGAGGACACUAAGCCCCUAGAGGAACCUGCCCAAAACAUCUUAAAAACUCUGCCUGCUGAAGAGACUGUGGCUGUGCCUGCCGAGGAACCCUCUCCCUUGGAGCAAGAGCAAUCCGAAACUCAAGAUGCUGCCCAUCCACAGGUCCGUCAAGCCACCCAGGCCACUCCCACCCAGCAGAGUACCACCCAGGGCAACUUUGUGCAGCAACUCAUCCAGAAUUCCCCCAUUGGUCAGUUCCUGAAUCAGUUCCAGCCUCAACCAGCUGCUGCUGCUCCUGCUCCAGCUCAGGCCCAAGCGGAUGAUGCAGCUGCUGCUGCUGCUCCUGCCACUCCUGCUCCCACCGUUCCUGGCUUCCUGAAUCCUCAGGCUGCCAUUACCUCCGCUCAGCAGGCUGUCCAGAAUGCCGCCCAGACUGCCGUCAAUGCCACCACUCAGGCCUUCCAGGGUAUCCAGCAGUUCGCCAGCAAUUUGGGUAAUCAGUUCCAGAACACCUUGUCCAGCUUGACUGGCCAGCAGCAGGCAGUGUCCACCACUCCACGGCCACCAGGUCCCAUUCAGCAGUUCGUGAACAAUGUCUUUGGAGGAAACAACAAUGCCUCAGCCGCUGCUCCUGCCCAGCAAAGCACCAAUCCUCUCCAGGGAAUCAUCAACUUCCUGGGUGGUAAUCGUCCACAGAAUGCCCCAGCUGCCGCUGCACCAACUCAGGCCCCGGAAAAGCCCGCCGUAGAUGAUAAGAUCGAGCCUGCCAAGGAUGAGGUGGCUGAGUUUGUCCCGGAAUCCGAGAACGAAGUGCGUCAUAGUGGCGAAGCUAUCGACGAUUCCUUCGAAGAGGCUGGCGUUCCUUCCAACGAGGUUAUUGUGGUCAACGAUGAUGCCGGCGAGGGCGGAGAAGUCGUGGAUCCUGUCCAGCCAGUGGCCACCGAUGCUGUGGCUCUUUAAGGGAUUUUGACUGUAUAGUUAACCCUAAGCCAACCGACUGAUGCCAUUUUCGCAGAGAUUUUUCGAUUUAUUUUGAGAAUGAAAAAGGAAAAUGCUUCUUUAGUUUUCUAAGUGCAUGCACCGCAACAAAUUAUUUAUUUCAUACUCAGCCCAGGAAUUUAUCUAUAAUAAAAUGAGAGAAAACCGAUCAUUAAAUAAAAUAAAUAACUUAA